GUUAUAGGGGGAGGUGGGGGAGGGUCUGCAUUCAGCGGUAAGAGAUAGGGAGUGAGUAAUAGUAAUAGGGGGAGAGAGAUCUCGUUUCUCCGUCUUUGAAAAUAUUUAAUUUGUCUUCCGUUGGGUACAUUUUUGAACAUGUUUUUGUUUUAUGUUUUGGAUAGGUGGUUACGGAAGACAGAUUGUUGCAUGUAUGGUUUCUGCUAUCCAGUCGAGUUUAGUGCACUUGUUAUAGCCAGGCCUGAAAUGCAUCUGCCACAUCUGCACCAACAAAACGUGCGAGACGGGUGCAGACGGGGCUUGCUGGAACUCCGUGAUGCUGAUCGACGGGAAGGAGGAGGCCGUCAAAUCCUGCCUGACGCCCUUGGAGAUGAAGGGCCAGGUCUUCUGCUACAGCUCCCGCAACGUCUCCAAAAGGAACUGCUGCUUCACUGACUUCUGCAACAAUGAGACUCUGCACUUGUACCCAGCAGGGAGGAUCCAGAUGGAACCUGGCUGGGGCAGGCUGGAGCUGGCGGCCGUCGUCCUGGUCCCCAUCUGCCUGCUGUGUGCGGGGGUGCUGUUGGUCAUCUGCGCAGCUCACGGGAGGCACUGCACCCAUCGCCGCAUCCGCAAGCAUGACGUGGAGGAGCCCCUGGAUGACCAGAGCCUUAUGGCCCCCCACAAGAGCUUGAAGGACCUGAUCUUUGACAUGAGCACGUCGGGCUCCGGAUCAGGACUCCCACUGCUGGUCCAGCGAACGAUCGCCAGAACCAUCAUCCUGCAGGAGACCAUCGGGAAGGGAAGGUUCGGCGAGGUGUGGCGGGGAAAGUGGCGAGGCGAGGACGUGGCCGUGAAGAUCUUCUCGUCCCGGGACGAGAGGUCCUGGUUCCGCGAGGCAGAGAUCUACCAGACCAUCCUUCUCAGGCACGAGAAUAUCUUGGGCUUCAUUGCUGCUGACAACAAAGAUAACGGGUCGUGGACACAGCUGUGGCUGGUGUCUGAGUACCACGAGCACGGCUCUCUGUAUGACUACCUGAACAGACACACGGUCUCGGUAGAAGCUAUGCUCAUCCUGGCGCUCUCCAUCGCAAGCGGGCUGGCUCACCUCCACAUGGAGAUCGUCGGCACUCAGGGAAAACCCGCCAUCGCUCACAGGGACCUGAAGUCCAAAAAUAUCCUGGUGAAGAGGAAUGGCACGGCGGCCAUUGCAGACUUGGGCUUGGCCGUAAAGCAUGACCCAACCACGAACACGGUCGACAUCCCAGCCAAUCACAGAGUGGGAACAAAGAGGUACAUGGCCCCAGAAAUCCUGGACGACUCGAUCAAUAUGAGCAACUUUGAGCUGAUCAAGCGGGCGGACAUGUACUCCUUGGGUUUGGUGUUCUGGGAACUGACUCGGAGGUGUUCUGUGAGAGGAGUCUAUGAAGACUACCAGAUGCCUUAUUAUGAUAUUGUGCCUUCCGACCCAUCUAUAGAGGACAUGAGAAAGGUCGUGUGUGACCAGAGACUGAGACCCAACAUUCCAAACCAGUGGCAAAGCUGUGAGGCACUGCGGGUGAUGGGAAAAAUCAUGCGGGAAUGCUGGUAUACCAACUCUGCCGCCCGGCUCACCGCUCUGCGAGUCAAGAAGACCGUCUCCCAGGUGGCCAACGUCAAAGACAUGAAAGAAUAAUGGACCCUCACCCUCGCCCAACGUUGACAAUGUACUUCAUCGUAGAAAAACCCAGAAGAAUGCCACCGAUUGACUUUCAUGGCUCCUCCCCCAUGUUUGUGUUUAGUACAGCCCGAGUACUAACCUACCCACUGUGCCAAUGGACCCAAGUGUCCAGCGGGACAUUUCAAAGACAGUUACUGUCCUGCUGGCCCCAGUGUCACUCGCCAAUGGGUGACGAUAAUGUGAAACGACUAAACCAACCAUUGUCAGAAGACUCCAUACUACCUCAAAACAAUUGUCCAAAGCUUGAAUUGCUUCACACUGGACAAAGUGCACAUCUGUGAAUGUUACUGAGUAACAGCCCCUCCCCCCACCCCUGCCCCAAACCAUGCCUGAUUGUACAAGACACCCUUCCUCUGCCCAAAAAACCCAUCAGCUACCAGGAACCUCUUCAAGACAGGGAGUAAGAUCAGAUGAUUGCGACAUAGAUUAAGCUUAACUGCCAGCAUUCAGUGUCUGCUGAUGGCUAACCCCAUAUGCAUGUGCCUUUUAAAAAAAAAAAAAAAAAAAGCGAAACAAAACCGACCAUCAUU